AUGGAGAGAAGUGUGGUGCAAAUCACUCUCUUUGGACUGCUGUUGUCUUUGGCCUCCACACUGCCAAACAAGGAUGACUGGGACAUCUACAGCUUUCACAUCAACUCCACAGUGACCAGUCGUUAUGCCACCACUGUCAUCACAAGCCGUGUGGCCAAUCGUGUAGACGAGUCAAAGGAAAUUGAAUUUCACGUUCGGAUUCCGAAGAAUGCCUUCAUCAGUAAAUUUCGAAUGUUUAUCGAUGGCCAAGUUUAUGAUGGUGUUGUGAAAGCUAAGGAGCAAGCUCAGCAGCAGUACACUGAAGCUGUGUCCCGUGGUGAAAGUGCUGGACUUGUCAGUUCUGUAGGAAGGACUCUGGAGGAAUUUAAGACCUCAGUAACUGUUGCUGCUCACAAAAAGGUCACUUUUGAACUCACAUAUGAGGAAUUAAUGAAACGAACACGUGGAAAGUACGAGCUGCAAAUUCAUGCUCGACCCAUGCAGCCUGUCAGAGACUUCAAGGUGGAUGUGCACAUUCAAGAGGAAGCUGGCAUCAGUUUUAUCAAUGUGAAAGGAGGCCUGAGCACCAAAGCCCUCGCUAAUGCCAUCACUAAAACUCACAUAGAUAAAGAGGCGUGGGUGUAUUUCUAUCCAACAGUUGACCAACAGAAGAUGUGUGACAGCUGUAGUGAUCAGGGUAUGAAUGGAGAUCUAGUUAUUGUUUAUGAUGUCAACAGGGACAAUGAACUAGGACACAUCAAGAAAUCUGACGGGUACUUUGUUCAUCACUUUGCUCCAUCCAAUCUUCCUCGAGUGCCAAAAAAUGUCGUCUUUGUUAUUGAUCAGAGUGGCUCAAUGCGUGGCAGAAAAAUAAUCCAGACUAGGACCGCACUAAUCCACAUUUUGAAUGAUCUGGCAGAAGAUGAUCACUUUGGUCUGAUUACUUUUGAUGGCAACAUUUUUCACUGGGAGCGAGAACUCGUUCAGGCCAACAGCAAAAACCUGGAAAGCGCCAAAAACUUUGCAAGCAAUAUACAAGCUAGAGGAUCCACAGAUAUAAAUGAAGCAGUGUUGCAAGGAGCACGUAUGCUGAAUGAUCAUAGCAGAGAAGGUUCAGCAUCUAUCCUUAUACUUCUCACAGAUGGAGACCCAACCUCAGGGGUGACAAAUCUGGAGAAAAUUCAGUCAAAUGUAAGAGAGGCUAUUGCAGGCAAAUUCCCACUGUACUGUCUUGGUUUUGGUUUUGAUGUGGAUUUUAAGUUCCUUGAGAAAAUGUCGCUGCAAAAUAACGGUGUGGCACGACGGAUUUAUGAAGACUCUGAUGCUGAUUUACAGCUGAAGGGUUUCUAUGAAGAGGUGGCCACACCUCUAUUAACAGAUGUGACAAUGAUCUAUGUGGGUGGAACCAAUCUAACCCAGACUAACUUCAGCCAGUAUUAUAAUGGUUCUGAGAUUGUGGUGGCCGGUGAGAUCACAGAUAACAAUAUUGAAACCUUCACCCCUCAAGUUGUGGCCAUUUCGAGUAAUAGAAGAAUAAUAUUCUCUAAUCCAAAUAAAACCGUGGAAUCCACUGGAACAGUGCCUGAUGACCGUAUCCAGAGGGUUUGGGCGUACCUCACAGUUAAACAGCUACUAGACAAAGAGCUUCAGUUAUCUGGACCGGAGAAAGAGAAAGUAAAGAAGGACGCUUUGGAGCUGUCACUGAAAUACAGUUUUGUGACUCCUCUCACAUCUAUGGUGGUCACAAAGCCUCCAGGAGAGAACACAGACGUGCUUCAUAAACCAAAGGAGGGUGAAACACCACAGAGACAGCAGCCCCCUGUAGAUCAAUCAUUUUCAAGACAAUAUUUGUCUCCUAGUAGUGGCCGUUCAUCUGCAAGAAGUGCGCGACGUAAAGCCUAUCAUCAUUCAGUCCAUCGAGUCACAGAUUUGAUGCACAAACAAUUCCCUGGAGGCUAUGGAGGAGCGAUGGGAUACAGUGCAUCAGUUGUUCUCCCUGAUGUCCAACCUACUGUUGUUCAUCUUUCACGUGAUACUACUACUCUGGAAGCCACUGAUGUUCCUGUACUCCACAGGUUUUUGCUAAAAGCUGAGAAUCAGAUUGUUCCACUAUGCUUUGACGUUAGUGGACCUGUCCGCCUUAAACUUCUUCACCAUCCCAGCAGGGAACUGUCUGUAAAUGGUGAGCUUGAUUCAGUUACAAAUGGAGGCUUCAGCAGAAUUUUCAUACACGUCAAUGACAGCCAACAUGUUGAGAUCGACACCAACUGGGUCACUGUACGAGAUGGACAGACAGUGACAUAUUACACUAGUCAGGAUCAUAUUACAGCUGGAAGUGUGACAGUGAUUGUGCGCAACAACGAAAUAGAUGUUGCCACUGGAGACAUGCGAAUGGUCAUCAUAGUUCAUGAGAAGAAUGGCCAAAAAUUCUUUUGGCCAGUUUUAAGACAGCGUCCCUCAGACAACAAUGCUGAAGGACUUUUAGCUGUAGAGGCUGCAGUUUAUGAGGAGGUACAGCAAGCUCCUGUUAGAAAACUAAAGAUUAAAAACCAGGAGGCAGACGUUACUGGAGAGAUGGUUGUUGACUACAGCUUUGCUUCUCCUGUCACAAUGAACUGUUGGCUCAUGUCUGCUGACUCUGCCCUGCAGAGACCACUGUCCCAAUUUGUCAUUACACAGCUUUAA